UCGCGAGAGGUGCUGAGGGGGCGGCCGCCGGUGUGUCUGCCCUCCCGCUCCCCGCCCCCGCUUCCGCCGCGGCCUCCGCCUCCGCCUCCCUCCAACCGGGCGUCCCCGUCGCCACCGCCGCUCCUCCCCGCCACGGGAGCGGCCGCGGAGCCGCCACCGCCCAGUCCGCGCAGCGCGGGAGGCGGGAUCCGCACGAAAUAAAUCAGAAUGAGUUAUGCAGAAAAACCCGAUGAAAUCACAAAAGAUGAGUGGAUGGAGAAGCUUAAUAACUUACAUGUCCAGCGAGCAGACAUGAAUCGUCUCAUCAUGAACUACCUGGUCACAGAAGGUUUUAAGGAAGCAGCAGAGAAGUUUCGAAUGGAAUCUGGGAUUGAACCCAGCGUGGAUCUAGAAACACUUGAUGAGAGGAUCAAGAUCCGGGAGAUGAUACUGAAAGGUCAGAUACAGGAGGCCAUUGCACUGAUCAACAGCCUCCACCCAGAGCUCUUGGACACAAACCGGUACCUUUACUUCCAUUUGCAGCAACAACAUCUGAUCGAGCUGAUCCGCCAACGUGAGACAGAGGCAGCGCUGGAGUUUGCGCAGACACAGCUGGCUGAGCAGGGUGAGGAGAGCAGGGAGUGCCUGACAGAGAUGGAACGCACGCUGGCCCUGCUGGCCUUCGACAGUCCUGAGGAGUCGCCCUUUGGAGAUCUCCUUCACAUGAUGCAGAGGCAGAAGGUGUGGAGUGAAGUUAAUCAAGCUGUCCUAGAUUACGAAAAUCGAGAGUCAACACCCAAGCUGGCAAAAUUACUAAAACUACUACUUUGGGCUCAGAAUGAGCUGGACCAGAAGAAAGUAAAAUAUCCCAAAAUGACAGACCUCAGCAAGGGUGUGAUCGAGGAGCCCAAGUAGAAUCUGUGUGGUGGCCCCGCACAGGACUCCCUGCUCCAUCUGCGACCACAUUUUUACCGCAGUAGAGUACUCUUUUUUCCCCCUUGUACUUUUUUUUUGACCCAGCAUCUUUUUUAAAGGGAAAAAAUGGCCUUUUUAAGCUCUGGAAAGCUCGCAGUGAAACACUGUCUCUCUGGAAUGUGGCGCAGACUCUGCACCGUGGUACAUUUGCAAGCAUCUGACAAGCAGCCAUUCGCCUUUCCAGUGCUCUCGGUACCUUUGGCAGCUGAAGGGUUUGGUUGGCCACGGAGCACUGCAUGCGGUGGGGUUGUUGCUAAUACUCCAGCCUCCCAUUCAAAAUACGUGAAGGAGCAGGUCAUGGCCUUGCUCUCCGCGGGCUGCAGGCAGACAGGACGUCAUCCCCUUCUCCUGAGUCUUGUCAGCUGCUUCUACAAGUUUUUCUCUACCCUUGGUUUUUUGUUUUUCAUAGGAAAGAAUAUAUAAAUUUGUAAAUCUUCAUAACUCCUUGAAAUGUGUGUGAGGCUAUUGCAUUUGAUUUGUUUUUCCUUUUUGGUCUGGGUUGUGUGACUUUUGGGGAAAUGCGUGAGGGGUGGGGCUAUGUGAUUUUUAAUUUUUUUUUUAAGUAUACAUUUGGUGCUGUGCAUGGUGAGAGACCCCUUCACAAUGGAUCAGUGACCUUUCUCUGCUAGGCAGUUUUGUUGAAAAUAAAGAUUUCUCUUCGAUUUCAAGAAUGACCAAAAUGACUUCUAAACAGUUUGCAUCACCUCAAAUGACCUUUUGGUUUGGGCUGUACUUCUCCUCUAAUGAUGGCAGUGACAUGCUUUCGCAUCUGCAGCUAGAAAGAUGUCUUGGCCCUGUCUGUGUGCUGGCAGGCAGCCCUUCACUGGCAGGGUCGCUUGAGGGCAGGAGGCUGUUGGCAGAGGAUGGAGCGCAGGCCUCCUGAGCAGAGUGGUUUCUCUUUUGUUGUCUGCCUUCUCUGCAGGUGUCCCUCUUUUGUUUGCUCACAGCCUUGUUCCUUGUCCUGGUGGUAGGAGGGACUGGCUCGGUGUAGCAUGGGGUUUAUGCAGGUCAGUGCAGUCAGUGGUGAGUGUGUGGUGCGUAGGUUGGUGCAGGUGUGUUUGGAUCUGUUACAGUGGGCUGGCAGGUGCAGCAGCACUGCAAGCAGGUUUUGUGUGAGGCCACAGAACUGCUGACUCCUGAGUGAGGCUGCGGGGAGGUAGCGGGCCCACUGCAUCUUCCACUGUUGGCGGCUGAGGUGGGGAGCUGCUGUGCUUACUGAGUAGCAAGGAACAGCCCACAAGCCAGGCCAGGCUGGGGUGAGACUGUGCCCCUUGAAUGUUGGUCACCCAGUGUCUGUGGCUCUGUCCUUCCAGCUAGAGGAGUGUCCUUACUGAGGCCUGGUGCAGUUCAGUGGGAGGAACUUCUGGCAGGAUUUCCUUUCCCCUAGAUGCCCUCUGUGAGUUAGUGAGAGACACAGAGGUAAACUGCUGCAGUCCUUGUGAAAUCAUUCUGGCCUCUAGGCUGACCCUUCAGGCUGCCCCUUUGGUUUUGUGAAGAUUGAGUGCCAGGAGAUGGCCCCUUCCCUGAGCCCUUGGAGUGGUGUGUCCGAGUCCUGCAUACAUCUUUGGGAUUAUUUUGUCUGAGGUUUGAAGAGAAAAAUAGAGGGAAAGGGAGUUUUAAUUUUUAGGUGAUAGGUUAAUCAUAGCUGAUGCUAGAAGAAAAAUAUUAGUUGAGAGAAAUAAAACCACAUUUUUUGAACAACACCAGAUAAUGGAGCAUAUUCCUAAUUUUAUUACUAGUGUAUAUAAGAUCAUUACAUGCACAAUUAAUAUAUAAUCAAUUUGACAUAUUCUCAAGGUUAGAGGGUAUGAGAUGUGUAGUGACGGGAAGCCCUGUCUUCUGGGGCUAUUGGUGCACUAAGUGUUGCUAGGUGGUUGUGAGACAGAGUGUUGACGUUUCAUUUGCCGGUUCAGGCAGUGAGUAGCUUGAUAAGCCAAUGCUGAAACCCAGUGCAGGGUAGACGCUGUGAGACUGGAGACUUCAGGUGCUCUUCGUUACUUGGCCUGUGUUUGAGAGGCUGUACUUCUCCCGUGAUCUCUUAGUAGGUGGAGGUCUUCUGAGGAAGCACUUUGCAUACUUUUCCUGUUUGUCACCUGUUUGCAGUCUUGUUUUCGCAGCAAGCAAACGAAAUUAAGCCACUUCGGGAUAAUGAAUGUUCAGUAUAAUUUGGUUUUUCUACAUUGUCUCAUUUUAUAUGUCACUGUUGUGUUUAUAAGAUGUGGCUAUGUUUUACAGAGUAGUUUAUUUCCUUUUACGCUUUCUGGUGGAAAGUGCCUUGAAAUAAAUAAAGUCUGAGAGUAUUCCGGUACUCUGUGUUCCUGACAGCAUAACGUCAUGAGGAAUAACCCCUGGUUUGGAUCUUUCUGAAGCAUAGGGAUUAUUGCAAAGCAAGUGGGAACUAACACAUUUUGCCAUUUGAAUAUGGCUUUCCAGGUUCUAGAAAAGAUGAACAUUGGUUGGGACCAAAGUCUCCACGGCGUGUGACUGAAGACCGGUGGCCUUGUGUGCUUGAAAACUGCACACUGAGUCCACUGAUGCCUCAAGAAGGCCGAGAUCUUCUAUCCAGCCAAGAUGGGAUAUGAAAACGUGUAAACAAAAAAUGUUGAGGACAGUUUUCUAAGGCAAUAUAAUGUCUUUAUUUUCUUAUUUCUGUAUGUUAUUAAUUUUAGAGAGUUGAGGAACCAGGGUUCCAGAAAGAAUCUUAACAUAUUUUAUGAUAAAGACAAUGGCAUCUUUGGGACAGUGGAACGGGUUCCCUUCUUGGUUGGUAUUGCUGAGUCUCAGUGAGAACAAAGAGCACACUGCUAGUGUUGUGAAUGGAAGGUCUGGCUGCCUCCCUGCCGAUGAAAGACACUGAAUAGUACACAGUAGGACCUCGUGUGGUGUGCGUGCCUGGUAGACCCACCGCCCGACGCAGCUGCCUGUUGUCAUCAGCCUUCAAUCAUUUUUGCUUUGUUGACAUGUUUUAUUCUGAGACACGCAUGUUACUUUUUACAACAGGUAUGUUUUUAUUUCAGAUACAUGUAUUACUUUUUCUGAUUAUUUGUAAAUUGUAUUGUCAGCAUUAGUCAUUUGAAAUCCUGUAUAAAAUCAUAGCCUGCUUUCUGGUUUUCUAUUAUGUUUGAUUCUAUAAUUCUUUAUACCAUUGAGGCACAUCCCCCUCCCUCGCCCCCAAAUAUCCAGAUAUCUCCUGAGAAAUGCAGGACAGAUUGCUUUUGCUUCCUAUUAAUUUGAUAGUAAAAGUUUUCAUGGUUUUCUCAGAA